AUGUCUUCCAGCAUCACAACGUCCACCACCGUGACGGGUGCUGCGUUGCUUGCCAUCACCACGCCAUUCGUUCAGCCACCCGACUGUACGAGUUACUGGGGGACCACGAGUUUGCGCUCAAAUGUCAUCAACGGUACCAUAAGAAUGACCCGCGUGAUAGUCUCUGAGUCCGCCGCAUCAUGCUACCCGCCUGGUUGGACGGGCGAUAAAACCACCCCGGGAAAGCCCAGCUUUUCCCCAGGCGUGUGCCCCGAUGGCUGGGUGUAUUGGGACAUGGCUGAGGCUAGCUCUGCAGCGGCAUCGACGGCCUUUUGCUGCGACAGGUCUGUUUGCGUUUCUUCUCUCGUAAUGGUUUGGGCUCUUGGACAAGAACACUCUCUGACUGUCGACCCAAGUGGCUUCUCUCUCCAGUGGCUUCCCCUAUAUUGGCCCCAAACGUCGCUGGUCCCGGAGUCCCGGUUGUGUGGAAGUUGGAGCCGCAACACCGGAGCAGGCACAGAGACGUCAAGCGAGUACCCGGGCUCUAUUCUCAUGGUCCACGAUCCCUGGGCAGUGACCUGGGCCGCUUCUGACACGGCGACGCUGACGCCAAAGUUGCCCACUCUCACCAAGUCGAUAGCUCUGCCGACCUGGACGCCCGACCAGGUGAUUCCUGAUAGCGCAUACGAACCGCCGAAAGAGAAUAAGGACGGGUUGCAGAUAAGCCAGAGUCUUUAUCUCUUUAUUUGUAUUGGGAUACCUCUCAUCGCAGCCGCCAUGACGGAAGAAAGAGCAGAAUCCCUGAGAGUGGUUCGUCGCUUCAUUUCUCACCGUCUCACAAAGGAGUACAAGGGCGAAGCCAUUCGUCAGCUUGGCGGAUAUGAUUUCCCGAAACCGACAUGUGCUGAUUUCUCCAGCUCCUAUCGCCGCGGCGCCCACAUCCACCCUGCCGCUGCGGAUGUUUGUUAA